AGGACCUUGGAAUUGCAAUUGACAUAAUGCUCGCUCUUCACAAAUUCCACUUCAUGCUAAGAAUUUUUGUCUAAUAAACUCUUCAAAGUGUCUUUAGACUGAGAAGGAAAAACUUUCCAUCAUCCAUCCAGACUUUCCCUUCCCAACAAUCUCUCUCCCCUUAAAAAAAAAGUCUGUAAUUGUUGUACACGUUUUAGUGUUCUACUUCUAGCCACAAGGAAGGGAAAAUAAGCAGACAUGGCAGACAGUGUAGUGAGUUUCCUGUUGGAGAACCUGACUAAGUUGCUCAUUCAAGAAUCAGAAUUACUAGGUGGAGUGGAGGAUCAAGUCAGGAAACUCAAGAACGAGCUGUCUCUGAUCAACCUCUUCCUCCUAAAUAGUGAAGGGAAACGACACGACAAGUUGGUGAAGGAGGUAGUCAGCCAAAUUAGGGACGUAGCCUAUGAGGCUGAGGAUGUUAUUGAUACAUUCAUCAUGACAGAGACAAAGCACAGGAAAAGAAGCAAGCUGAGGAAGCCAUUCCAUUACUUUGCCCGAGCAAGCGCACUUCACGAGGUUGCAAAAGAGAUAGAGAGAAUCAAGAAUGUCAUCAAGGAAAUUUACGAGAAUAAGAACAAGUAUGGCAUAGAAAUAGCUGAAUCAUCUGGAGGAGAUGCCGAAGCGGAGGAGAUACUGCACAGGCGCAGGAGAGAUGUUGAGGAAGAUCAUGUGGUGGGCUUUGAUCAUGACGCACAGGAAUUGGUGAACCAACUUAUUGAAGGGAGUUCGCAACUUAACGUUGUUUCAAUCAUUGGCAUGGGUGGCUUGGGUAAGACCACUCUUGCUAGGAAGAUCUACAAUAACAACGAUGUCAAGAAUUACUUUGAUUUCUGUGCGUGGGUGUAUGUCUCUCAAGAAUAUAAAAUCAGAGAGCUGUUGCUUGAAAUGUUGAAGGGACUGACACCACCGCCAAAAGUGAUGUUCAGAGCUGAAUUGAAAGAGGAAUUACUCCAUGGGUUGGAAGCUAUGUAUAGCUUGAAUGAGGAAAAAUUGAUAGGGACAGAAAUUCUGGACUUGAAACUCAUCAAGGAAAUGAAUGAUGAAGAAUUCACAAAGGCAUGGUCUAAGUUCUGGAAAAGCAUAAAAGUGGAAGAUGGUUGUACCGAUAAAAAAAAAGAAGAAACAGAGGAUUUGAAAAAAUCUUUGUCAAGUUUCGUGCAUGAUUUUUACAGCAAGAAUGGAGUAAAAUUGAAAGAUAUGACUGAGGAUGAAUUGAAAAGUGAGCUGUUUGAAGUCUUGAAAGAGAAGAGAUACAUACUUGUCAUGGAUGACAUCUGGAAUACUGAGGUAUGGAAUGAGGUAAGUUCUAGCUUUCCUAAUAACUCGAAUGGAUGUAGAAUAUUGACCACUAGCCGAAUAAAAGAAGUAGCAGUACAUUUAAGUAGUCUUAAUAGUAGUAAUCCUAUUCCCCCUUAUGAACUCCCAUUUCUUAAUGAAGAUAAAAGUUGGGAACUCUUCUCAAAGAAGGUGUUCCGGGUAGCUACAUGUCCUCCAGAACUUGAUACUCUAGGGAGAAAAAUUGUGAAAAGUUGCCGUGGUUUACCUCUUGCAAUUGUGGUAUUGGGGGGUCUUUUGGCGAAUAAGGAGAAAACACAUCGAACAUGGUCGAAAUAUAUUGGCCAUGUCAAUUCAUAUCUGACUGAGGAUAGAACAAGUUGCAUAGACAUAUUAGCUCUAAGCUAUAACCACUUACCCCGACGGUUGAAACCAUGCUUUCUAUAUUUUGGUAUCUAUCCAGAAGACUUUGAGAUACCAGUGAGGCAACUAAUCCGACUUUGGAUAGCCGAGGGAUUCAUACGGCAAAUUGGGAAUAGAAAUAUUGAGGAUGUUGCUGAAGACUACUUGGAGGAACUUAUUGAUCGGAGCUUGAUUCAAGUAGCAAAAAGAAGGCUAGAUGGAGGAUUCAAAACAUGUCGUAUCCAUGAUCUUUUACGAGACCUCUGUAUAUCCGAAAGUGCUGAAGAGAAGUUUCUUGAGGUUCAUUCAGAUGUUAACCUCUCACCCAUGAGCAAACGCAGAAGAAUUUCCAUCCACUUUGCCAACCACCCAUACGUUUCUUCCAACCCAUGUGAGCCUUCAAAUAAUCGUUCUGUAAUAGGCUUUGGAGGGGUUGUCGGGGUUGAGAGUCCUCUUGACAAAGGCUAUGACUUGAAAUGGCUUUGUGAAAAUAACAAGUUGGUUCGGGUUGUAGAGCUCAGUAAUAUGGACAUUUGUUGCUUAAUCCCUAAAGAGAUUGAAAACCUUGAUCUUUUGAGGUACUUGAGCAUUUCAUCUGGUGCACGUCAUGUCAUUCCAGCAGAUUCCAUAUGCAACCUUUGGAAUCUUCAGACGUUGGAUAUGAGAAAUUCUAAAAUUGAAUGCUUGCCCAAGGGGAUAUGGAAGUUACAAAAAUUAAGACAUUUUUACUUGGAUGGGCCAACAUCUCUACCUAUAACCGACAAUGAAGCGGCUUUACCCAAUCUUCAAGUCCUUACUGGUAUAGCUUUAAAUCACAACACUGAGAGUCUCUUGGCGAAGGCCAGAUUUCCUAAUUUAAGAAAAUUAGGAUUGUAUUCUUCAAGAGAGGUAAAGUCAGGGCUUUUGUCAAGCAUCCAUCCCUUGCGUCAUCUACAGACAUUGAAGAUUUGUAAAUAUUUAAAUCUUUCAAAUCCAAGUUCACUCCAGCUGAUCCUAACAAAGAUAACCUUGCUGGAUGUGCUAGUUGUUUCUGUAUCUAUCUGGACAGUGUUGGGUAGCCUUACCAACCUUCAAAUACUCAAAGUAGUUGGAUGUGCCAAUUUCUACCUCGACUGCAAUGAAAGUAGUUUUUGUCAACUCGAAGUCUUCAAAAUGGUAAAGGUAACUGAUAUGAUAUGGAACAUGAAGAAAGGUGCAAUGCCAAGGCUUCAACGUUUGGUCAUCGAGUGUUGCAAUUUUUUUGUGAUUCCCCUGGACGAACUAUGGUGCUCGAGUGCCUUGAGGGAUGUGGAAGUUUUACAUCCGGAUCCAAAAUUGGCAGACAUGCUUCAACAGUUGCAGAUGAGGGAUGGAUGUAAGCUCCAAGUCUAUCCACCUCUGGAGUCUGGACCCAUUCCCAACAACUAAUUGAGAAAAGUAGUUGAUCUGUUGUGCUAUUCUUUGGCCUGAGGGAUCAGUGUUCCUCUCUUCCCUGAUUAUCCUAGCUGGUAACUUAAGCCUUUACUGUUUUGCUUUUGUAUUUGUUUUUUGUUUAUGGACAUAUGGUGAUAAAUCCGUUUUGGUUUGGGGGAAGGUAUAAUCUUGAGAUUGGGACACUACUAAAUUGAAAAGCUUAAUUAGUCUGUGUCUGAA